CACAGAAGUCGCAACCACUAUUGCGCUUCUUCUCCGCUGCCGUACGUCGGAAAAUCUUGGCCGGCAAAAAAAAAAAAAAGAUUCCAAGAAAAGAAAAUAAAAAACAGACCCAAACAAACCGCAACAUUAACCCGAAAAUUCAGCUCCUCACACAAAUCGCAAGUUGGAGUGCUGUUGUUGAAUGGCAGAAAGAAAAAAACUAACAAGAAAAGAAAGUUUGUUAUGAACAGGUGUUUGAACAAAGCUUCUUCUUCGUCUUUUCGAACACUGAUUCUUAUUCUCAUCCUCAUUCUCUUUAUAUAAAAAUACCUCUUUCUUUUAUCUCUUUUUGAGUUCAAUCUCUUUUCUCUCUGUGACAUAAUCAUGGGAGGAUUGAAGGUUGUUACUCCAUGUUUGCAAUGGUCAUUACCUCAUUAUUCCCCUUCUUCUUCUCCUUCCUCUUGUUCUCAAACCCUAGCUUCUGCGAUUUCAUCCCCUUCUUAUGUAUAUUCCUAUGCUUCGUCAAAACGACGCAGUUUUAAUCCUUCCCUAUCGUGCCGAUUCGUCCACCCUUGCACACUCUUCAAAACGACGUCGUUUCUCCACAAGUCUCGAUCCUUAGAUUUUCACAAUCACCUCUUCUCUACCAACACCAGAACACCGAUCAGAAGAUCUUGUAGCGCGAGCUUAGAUUCCUUCUCCGACGAGGAAUUCGCUAAGAAGAUCGAAGACUUGACCCUCGGGUUCCAGCUCAACGAAGACGAUUCAGAUUCGGAUACCACUUCUUCUCCAACCUCGUCCUCGAAUUUCGUGAAUGGGCAGAGCAUCCCGGAGCCGCCGUGGAUGGUGUCCGGCGGUGGAGAGGAGAUAAUAAUUCCGGCGAACAUAGAGCGGAAAGCGAACAGCGUGGAGCUUCCGUUCUCAUUGAGGAUCAUCAAGAAGAAGCUCCAAUGGAAGGAAGGUUUUAGGGAGGCAGGGGAAUCCGCGUGCUGUUCGGUGAAGAAAGCGUUCUCUUCUAUGGUGUUCAUCAUUCGAGAGCUCCAUAGCUACACCCUCCAGAUGAGAGAGACUCUCUGCUACCAAGACCUACAAGGAAUCCUCGAGAGGGUACAAACGGAAAUGCACGCUUCCUUCGUUUGGCUCUUCCAGCAAGUGUUCUCACACACGCCUACUCUCAUGGUUUAUGUCAUGAUCUUGCUCGCCAAUUUCACCGUUCAUUCCAUGGGACACAACGCCGCCGUCAUGGCCGCCGUGAAUCCACCUACGCUGACCAUGGAGAUGGAGGAAGAGGAGUCUGUCAGUGAUAAUCAGAGCGGAUUUGAUUCCUCUGCGGUAAAGACAUUCACCGUGUCAUCAUCUAACGGGAAGAAAACGACUUCAGUUGGUGGCGGAAACGGUGGUGGAGGGAAAUUCCGGCCAGCGGCGCACGGAACCGACGGGGAAGGCCGGUCUGACCGGUCGGACCGGCACCAGGGAACGGUUUUCCCUGACGGUUUGUCGUCGACGCAGUCUCAGGUUUACAGAACAGGGGAGAGCAAUAACAAUAAUAAUAAUAAUGCGGAGUCUUCGUCAGUGGAGGAGGAGGAAGAGGAGCUGUGGAGUUCGAUGGUGGAGGAAGCUUCUAGAAUGGAGGAUGUGAAUCGUGGCUCGAUGAAACAGUUCAUUUCGCCCGUAACAGCCAAGAUGGAGAGUGAUGACUAUGCUGAGUAUCUGAGAACGGAGUUGGUUUACCAAACGGGCUUGUCCAAGGAACCAAACAACUCUCUUCUUCUCUCAAACUAUGCUCAGUUCCUCUACCUCGUUGCACAUGAUUACGACAGAGCGGAAGAAUACUUCAAGAAGGCAAUAGGGGUGGAACCUCGUGAUCCAGAGGCAUUCAAUAAGUACGCAACGUUUCUAUGGAAAGCAAAGAAUGAUUUGUGGGCUGCAGAAGAGACUUAUUUGGAAGCAAUUUCAGCUGAGCCUACAAACUCUUUCUAUGCCGCUGAUUAUGCUCAUUUCCUAUGGAACACUGGUGGGGAAGACACUUGUUACCCUUUGUCAUCUGAUGCCUCCCAAGAACUUUAAUUGGAAUAAAUAUCUCAAGAAGAAACAAAAAAAUAAAAUAUAUGUAAAAGAGUAUAGAGAAAAUAAGGGAAAAAAAUUUUCAAAGCAAAAUAAAAAAGAGAAGUUUUGUAGGUUAUGUUUUGUUCUAAAUUUUUUUAUUGAGUGAAGAUGAGGGAAAUAGGAGAGGUGGGGUUUUGUUUUGUUAUAUAACUCUUUGUAAUUAUAAUUGUACAUAGCUCUUUUUACAAUGGCUCAUUUUGAGCUUAUUGGGUCACGUUUUGUGCAAUCGAAUGUGCAAUUAUAAUUAUAAUUAGUUAUGUGAUUUUGAUGGAGAAGACGGUGGCUGUGAGGUGGCGUUUUGGAGAGGCAAGGCGAUGCAUGGAUUGUGUUGUUGAAAUAUUUAAUUUUGGCUUGGCAAGUUGGCAAUAAACGGCACUGCGUUUCAUAUGGGAAGAUGAAGGGUGGAGUGUGAAAGGGGAAAUGGGACCUUUUCACCUUUGGCUCUCUCAAAAUGUGUUGAUAAGGUUUAUGCUUGGUUGGAUGUCAUUGAAGCAGGAUUUGCUUUUUGCACAUAUUUAAUCACACUAAUGUUUCUUAUCUUUGUUUUGUUCACACUUCACAUACUUAGUGUAAUGAUGUUUAAUCACAUGGCAAAUUGUAAUUAAUCCUUCCUUGUUAAUGUGAUGCCGUUUUUGGAUA